UCAGUUACUUUCUGAACUCAUGUGAACUCUUUCUCCAUGAUAAUGUGUGGGAAUGAGCUGCACUGUGUGAGGAACUACUUCCUUCUGCUGGAACCUGUUCUUGAACAUUCUUUCAUUUUUGUGUUACAGAUAGUGAGUAAUCAUGACUUUCUUCUCUGCUUUGUAUUCUUUCUUCUUGGGUAUCUUUGUGCUGAGGAGUUUCCUUAGAAAGUGAGUAAGGGGAAAAACUUUUACCCUUGCUUUCCUGUAUUCUGGAACUUCCAUAAUCUUAUUCAGGUGGACAUAGACACUACUCGGUUGAGUGUAAUAAGCACCACCUGUCCUUAUGUUUAAAGAUGAUCUCCUCUUAGAUGUAAAAGAACUUGGUUUUUUUCUGUGAUGCUGACAGAUUAUGUUAGAGGGCAGUUGUGAACCUGCAAGCCAGCAUACCUUUGACUGGGAGGAAACAAACCUAGCUGUUUGUCACCUCUUUAUACCGACAUUUUUAAAUGAGCUGGAGCUUGCUUGCUUCUGUCUGGAAGGGAGGGGGACAAGGCAGGGGAACAGCUGUUUGCAGACCCCAAUUCUUUCACCAGUAGUGAAAGGGGGGCUGCUGGUCUGGGCACUCUUCACCUCCCUUCUUCCUAACAGGCUUUGUGCAAGCAUGUCAGCUGGAUAUAAAACUUGUUUAAAUCCCUGAGCCAUGUCCAGAUGAGGUUGGCACCUUGGUGGGAGCGGUGGAUGGGGAACAAGUGGUGCAUGAGUACUUGGAUGCAGUAAGUGAGAACAAGGGAAGCUGUCAUACCAAAAAGAGCAGCAGGUAGUGUGAAGUCAUGGCUAUCCUGUUUGCUGUUGUGGCGAGGGGCACAACCAUCCUUGCCAAACAUGCCUGGUGUGGAGGAAACUUCCUGGAGGUGACAGAGCAGAUCCUGGCAAAAAUACCAUCUGAAAACAACAAACUGACCUAUUCACAUGGAAAUUAUCUGUUCCAUUACAUCUGCCAAGACAGGAUUAUAUACCUCUGUAUCACAGAUGAUGACUUUGAAAGAUCCAGAGCCUUCAACUUCCUGAAUGAAAUCAAGAAGAGGUUUCAGACCACAUAUGGCUCAAGAGCACAGACAGCCCUUCCCUAUGCAAUGAACAGCGAGUUUUCAAGUGUCUUAGCUGCACAGCUGAAGUACCACUCGGAGAGCAAGGGCACUGACCAGGUGGCAGAGACGCAAGCUCAAAUCGAUGAACUUAAAGGAAUCAUGGUUCGAAACAUAGACCUUGUGGCACAAAGAGGAGAGAAGCUGGAGUUGCUGAUUGAUAAAACAGAGAAUCUUGUGGAUUCGUCAGUCACUUUCAAAACUACCAGUAGGAACCUUGCUAGAGCCAUGUGUAUGAAGAACCUCAAGCUUACUAUCGUCAUCAUCAUUGUAUCAAUUGUUAUCAUCUAUAUCAUUCUAUCGGCUGCCUGUGGUGGGCUUGCAUGGCCAAGCUGUGUGCAGAAGUAACUGGAGGCAGCUGGUGCUGGUCACCUGGAGAUGAGAAUCACAGGAGUGUGAAGAAGCAACCUACAGAAUAACUCUUACUCUUUCACUACUGACACCUUCUCAUUCUUCCAUCCCUCCAGGACCUCAGACUUUUUUGCCUUAUCACCCCAAACAGGCCCAGCUGGUCACUGCUUCUAUGCAGCUGUAACCUCAAGAAUGGGCUGUUUUAAAUUACUUGAAGGGAUUUUUUUUUUUUUUUCCUUUUUCUGUCCCAACUACAACCUUCUCAGCUGGGUGGGCGGUACCUCCAGCUCUGGAGGGUUAUGUGCAUGCUCGCCCGUGUGUCCAUGUAGCUUUGCACUUUCAUGUGAGCGUGCAAGUGGAGAACAAUACUGCUAGCAACUGUCCUACCCAUGGGGCUGGUGUUGGAGGGUAGUUCGGAGUGGGCUGAGCCUGACUAAUGGGGGAGGGACAAGGUGGGUGUAUGUGUGCAUUUCCACUUUCUACAAAUACUGGAGAUCCAGGUGCCUCUCCCUGCAUAUCUGGCCUCGCAUGGUUCUGUAGCGUUUCAACGCGUAGAGGUUGCCAGUGGAAUAUUGGUAGUAACAGAAAGGGCUUUUGGGCCAGGGCUUUAUGCACUGUAAGAUGUAGGUGCUGCCUCUGUAUGAAACCUCCCUUUUCCUGGAGGUCUUUCUACAGGUGGUAGGAGAGGGUGUUGGGUCACCUCAGCAUUUUGAAAUGGCUGCCUCUUCAUCCUCACUUCUUCCUCAUCUCCCCCCCUUAAUUUGUGGCUAAAUCGAUACAGUAAAGGAGAUGGUUGCAUAUAGUUACGGUUGCAGUAAUGUAUCUGCUUUCUCAUGUUAUUUCUCCUGUUCUUCUUUUGAGGGUGGACUAAAAAUGAAUACUAAUGCUAUCACUUGCUAAGGUGAAAUUGGGGGCCAAUCUAUUGAUCUGGCUUGACAAGGUGUCAGGUAUCUGCUGCUUGUGCUUCUACUCUGAAGGUGUGCGCUAAAAACUGAGGACAGAGAAGGGACAGAAGGUUGGAGUUGAUGGACGGUUACUUUCUCUAUGGUCUGAAAAAGACAGGCUCUUUCAGAGGAUGUAGUUAACGUGCUCCUCUGAAAAGAAAAGAAAAAAACCAAAACCAAACCCAAGGCUAAUAACCAAAUGUAGGAUCAGGUAUGCUGAUGGUGUGCUGCUCUCAGAGGAGAUAGGGACAGCUUUGCCUGCUCUCGGAAGCUGUGAGCACUGACUGUGUUUCUGUCCCAGCUGGAUGUCUGAAUUGUCAGGCCAGUCCUGGCUGCCUGGAGCCAAAGCUGUUGCCUGGGGUGAGGGGUGUAGGGACUUGUGUCUUGUAUCUUACAGGCUCAUUUCCAAGAGAAGAAAUGGAAACAACUGAAAUCUUAUAAAACCAUCAGAUGGUCAAAGGAAGCUGCAUCUUUUUGGUCCAGGGACGUGGCUUCUGAUGGUGGGUGGAAGCUGUCGCAGUAUGGGAAGGGGAGGCUUAAUGUGGUGACUAAACUCGAGGACUUGGUUGGUGCCAUGGGUUCCCUGCGCCCUGCAGCAGGUAGGGCAAGGACAUGAAAUGGCUGCUCCUUCAGGUGCUUUUCUGGGUCUAUGUUACACUGACCUUGGAGCUUUCCCGCGGGUGCCAGGUAAAGAGUUCACCUGUAAACUUGUAUGCUUAUUUGGAUUUGUCUUCUACUAGGCUGAAAUUUAACUAAGGGUUAUCAGAUCUUGAUAUCCAGAAAGUGUCAGUGGGUCUGAUCAGCACUGUGGUCACUGGCAUCUGUUUCUAUUUGUGUUAAUCAAAUGUAAAGCUUAGAGAAAGACUUCCUCCCUCUUACCUCCUGCUCUUACAGCCACCCACAGUUCAGUGUACAAUUGUGCAUGUUUUAGGGAUUGUUGAUGUUACUGUGUUCAUUUCUAUGAUUUGUUGUCUUAUGUACAAAUACUUUUUAAAGAAAAUACUUCCUUUCCUUUUAAAGGAUGCACAGAGGCAUUAGUGUAAAAACAAAGUUAACUUGAUUUAAAUAAAAUUACUGUACAGAAAGCAGAUUUCCUUAGUUUUGUGGAAGGUGGGUCUAGCACUAGAUAUAGAGUGUUGGCAAGAACUCCUCUGUGAAACCUGUGUGUAACACUGCAGCUCCAGGCUUGGUGUCACCCUGCAUGGCUGCUCAGAGGAAUCGCGUGUGGAAGUCUUGCUGUGAAAUAGUUUCCACGAUGGCUGUGUAAAACCUCUUGGCUUUGGAAGGGUUGUGCCUUGGUUCUGAUGCAGGUGCUAGAGCCUGUUGUGACUUGAACAGGGGCUUGUUUCUGGUGGUGGAAAGAAUCUGCUUUUCCCUGUUGUGAACUCGGAGCGUCUGUGAGUGCCUGGGACAAAGGGACGCUGAGGGACACGGGGGACAAGGUGCCCACUUGCUCAGAGCACUUGUGGGUGGAGAGGAUACAAAAGGAAGAGUGGUGACACAGACAGUGGAGUGCUGUUAUUACUUGGAAGCUAAAUGAAAGGUGUGUGACAACUUUAAGGCAUUUUUCAGUGAUCUAAAAACCCACUAUCUUGAGGGAAAUCCCCAGGAAUGGGUGCCUUUCCUCUUCUCUAGUCACAGCUGGGAAGAACCCACUUUUUCCAGAAGAGUUUAUGAUACAGACUGACCCACUGCUCGCUGUUGUGCAGUAGAGCCUCUCUGUAAAAACUCUGUAGCCUUUCAUCUACCUCGGGAAUGUUAAAUGCUGAUGUAGUAUUAGGUUUUGGAAGCAGGCUCAUGCAUCAGUAUGAGGGAGUUGGAUUUCCUCUUAAGCUUGCAGGAACUGCUAAGAGUUCUGUUGAUUGUUAUCUUGGUUUGAGGCAAGGUAGAAUUCUAAUGAUAUCUGCUGGGCCUCAGGAUGAUCGAGAAUAUAAAAAUCUUCCUUCAGAUCACUUGGUGAUGAAAGAAAAAUGAAAGGAUAAAACUUAAAUUAACAUCUCAUUAGUGUGAUAGUUCUUACAGAGCUGGGUUUUGUGCAUUUUCCUGAUCUAUGGCCCAAAAGCAGACGGCCCUCUCCUGAAGUGGGACAGCCAUCUUCAAGUGCUUGUCAGCAUUGGAUUUAUACUUAAAAUGCCCAUGAAUUUGAGCAGAACCUAACCUCAGAGUAAGGCCCUGGUUAACCUUUUUUGCUUACUGCUCUUUUUAGCCUCUGGUCUGUCUGGGAAUGUGUAUCCAAAUCCCUGUCUCUGUAGACAUCCAUGCUGCAGUUCUUCAUAGAAACAGUAUCACAUGCCUGAUAACCUUUAACUACAAUAUAACCUUAAACUACUGAAA